AUGGAAGUGACUUAUAAAAAGGAACGACGUUAUUUUGGUCGCCCAACUGCUUUCGAAAGCAAGGAUGAGGUUUUAUUCAAUGAAAAUUCAAAUCGUGAGCUAUCGAAAAAUUAUGUAUUGAGAAAUCCUGUAGAUGAUGGUACUCAGUAUGGUACCCGGUGGUCCUUAAGUCAAGCUAACACUGAAAGAGCGACUUAUAAGCAUAUUGGUAUUACACACAACGAGGGCGGUUGGCCCAAAGAUAUUAACAUGCAUGAUCCGGAACAGACAGUGCGUUAUAAACGCAAAAUUGAAAAAGAUGAGAAUUACAUAAAUGAAGUUAUGAAUUUAACUAAACCCAUGGAACAAUAUAUUUUGCAAAACAAUGCUGUUAAUAUAUAUGAGAACUAUUUUGAAAAUUCAGAACCAGCGCCCUUACCGGAACCGUGUCAUUCGCGCACUAUUAACGUUUACCGCGACCCCAACCCAAUAAAAGUACCGGUCACUCAUUUGAGUUGGUCACCAGAUGGUGGAUUAAGAAUGGCCAUAAGCCAUUGUGACAUGAAAUUUCAGGGUGACAAAACGGGACAGAAAUGCAAUUCAUAUAUAUGGGAAAUUGAAAAUCCCAAUGAGCCGUACAUAACUCUCGAACCGAAAGUGCCUUGCGUUUGUUUGGAAUAUAAUCAAAAAGAUCCCACUAGUUUGGUAAGCGGUAUGUACAAUGGCCAGGUAGCAGCCUGGGAUACUAGGCAUGGGAGGUUUCCUGUAAUGAUUAGUGAACGGGAGAUUUGUCAUCGUGAUCCUGUCAAUUCGGUACUAUGGAACAAUUCAAAAAGUGGUUCGGAGUUUUUCUCGGGAGCUUCAGAUGGCCAGGUGCUUUGGUGGGAUACCCGUAAACUCAAUGAACCGUUAGAUAGAUUAUUAAUGGAUCCGGUGCGUUCGGAUGAGCAAGAUUUGGGACGCUCUUUUGGGGUUUCAGUGUUGGAAUAUGAAACGACUAUACCGACUAGAUUCAUGGUCGGUACUGAGAUGGGCAUGUUAUUCUGCUGCAAUCGAAAAGGUAAAACACCGGUGGAAAAAAUCCAAAUAAGGAUGAUGUGCCAUUUGGGUCCUAUUUAUGCAAUAAUGCGGAAUCCAGCUUUUGUGAAAAACUUUCUAACCGUUGGAGACUGGUGUGCUCGCAUAUGGUCGGAAGAUUGUCGGGAAAGUUCCAUUAUUUGGACGAAUAAUAGUCCGGCCAUGUUAACCGACGCGGCCUGGAGUUACACCAAAGUUUCUCAAUUUUUCAUAACACGAAUGGACGGUGUACUGGAUACUUGGGAUUUAUUGCAACAACAGAAUGAACCCGUUUUAACCGUCAAAGUUUGUGACGAACCAUUGUAUUGUUUACGUACGAGCGAAAGUGGUAAAUUCGUUACAUGCGGCAGUAAACUUGGGACCACAUUUCUCAUUGAAGUCUCAGAAAAUAUGGUGACGUCUAAUAAAAACGAUAAGCCAUUGUUAACCGCGAUGUUUGAACGAGAAAACCGACGUGAAAAGAUUCUAGAGGCAAAAUCCCGUGAAAUUAAAUUAAAAGUCAAAGUUAACCAGGCGGCAGAUCAGAAUGAUGUAACAAUGGUUGAUGGUAAAUUUAAUUUAGAUGCGUUUAAAGGUAUAAUGGAACAAGUUGAAGCGGAGUAUUUUGCAGCCGUAGAACAAGAACGGCUUCGUAGAGUACCAGGCAACAAGCGUAGAAGAUGCGGAAGAAUCUGAAUUAUCCGAGGCCGGUAGUAUUAAAACCAG